AUGGACACACUCGAUAGCACCCACUGGGACGUGGUAAUUGCAGGCACUGGCCUGCAGCAGUCUUUACUUGCCCUAGCAUUGUCCCGCUCGGGCAAGAAGAUCCUCCAUGUUGACGAGAACCCCUACUAUAGCGGCUCUGCUGCCGCCUUCAGCAUUUCUGAGGCCGAAGAAUGGGUAGCCAAAGUCAACGCAGGCGUUUACCACGCGGCCUUCGCCGAGGCAUCCAUACACGUGCCAGAGCCUUCAGAGUCAGACACACCUGUGCUAUCGAGAAGACCGGGGAGGCAAUACAAUCUGGCGCUUGCUCCCGAGAUCAUCUACUCCAGCUCGGCGUUCAGGCGUCACCUGGUGACUUCUCAGGUCCACCACCAGGUUGGGUUUCUUCCUGUCGGUAGUUGGUGGGUGUACUCUUCACAUGCUACGAGUGGAACGGCGACUGGCAGCCUGGAGAAGGUGCCCAACACACGUGAGGACCUGUUCGGAAACAGUACCCUCGACUUUCCGGCCAAGCGCAAGCUCGUCAAGAUCCUUCGCUUCAUUAUGGACUACGAAAACGAAGACGAGAAGGUCAAGUGGGAACAGCACCGGACGUUACCAUUCUCCGACUUCUUAUCAACUGUUUUCAACGCCCCGAGCAUCCUGUCGGCGCCACUACUAGCUCUCACCAUGUCAUCACAGAGCUCUGAUCGUGUUACUACAGAGCAUGCGUUGCCUAGGAUAGCGCGGCACCUGCGAUCCAUCGGCACGUUGGGCAAGUUCAGUGCGCUUGUCCCUAAGUACGGUGGACUGGACGAGUUCUGUCAAGUCGCCUGCCGUGCCUGCGCCGUUGGAGGAGGUGUGUAUGUCCUUGGAAAAGGCCUAUCCACCUCCGACAACUCCGUGUCGACGGUGCAGAUUCCCGUCGAGAACAUGCUUCAUCUGAAAGAUGGCGAAGCCGUGACCGCGCGUUGGGUAGUGGGCGAAAGCCCACCGGCCAACAAUGAAAGUCCGCUCUGCAAGUCAGUUACCAUCGUAUCUUCAUCGCUAUCGACACUGUUCCUCCCUGUCAUAGUGGAAGACAGACCUUUCCAGCCCGGCUCUGCCAUUCUGGUCUUUCCAUCAGGCUCGCUGUCCUUGUCAGAGGAGCUGGAUGGCGAUGAAAGUCUCCCCCCAGUACACAUACAUGCGCAUUCCAGCGAGUUAGGGGAAUGCCCCGCCGGCCAGAGCGUACUGUACGCUUCGACAAGCCUGGGUGGUGAGCGUGGCUUCGAGCUUCUCAGACAAGCAACCAAUCGUCUGCUGACAAGCUUGGACGCUUCGCCAUCGCCGAAUACUCUCUGGUCCAUGCAGUACGAACAGCGUGCGGUGCCUUCUGUGGCGCCAUUGCCCAUCCCGGAUGGUGCGAGCGCUCACUUCCUCGGCAUGCCUCCGGUACCGCUGGAUCUGGUUGUCGACGAUGUCGUGUUCGACCGUGUGCGAACACUUUGGCGGACAAUCACGAAUGAUGAUCUCGAACAAUUCUUGCAGUUCAAGAACCGAGAAGCCGAAGACGACGAUGACUUGUGA